AUGGAGGCCAUCACUGCUUCCUUAGAGAGGUCUCUUCAAAACUGUUCCCUAAACCACAACAACCACCACCACCACCAACAGAACGAGGGUUCCGCCACGACAGAUGCAGCGGCCGCAGGAGAAGGAGGAGGCAUAGGAAUCUCAUCCAGGAGCUCGGAAGAUAAUCAUGAUAGCUCCAACAACAACUCCGACACCACGUUAGAGCUCAACUCCCACAUCUCUCUCCCUUACCAUUGGGAACAAUGCUUAGACUUAAAGACGGGGGAGAUUUAUUACUUAAACUGGAGGAACGGGAUGAAAGCAAAGGAAGAUCCAAGAAGAGUAGUAGAAAGAGAAAGGGAUUGUGAAGAACAAGAGUCAGAAUCAGAAGUUGAAGAAGAAGAGAGUUUGUAUGAAGAUAGUGAAGAAUGUUCAUCUGAAUGUUCAACGAAUGAGAGAGGAGAGGUAAUAGAGAAAGAGAAUGUUCUGGUAGUGGCUGGAUGCAAGAGCUGUUUGAUGUAUUUCAUGGUGCCUAAACAAGUUGAAGACUGCCCAAAAUGUAAUGGUCAACUUCUCCACUUUGAUCGAUCCGAAAAUUGCUCCCCUUGA